AGUUUGCUGUCAUGGGAGCUACGCUAAGUGAGCGGAUGACUAUCUUUUGUCAAUAAGUAUACAGUUAUAUUCUUAUUUAAUCGACCGUGCGCUUAAAUUUACGUUAAAUUAACCUCGCCAUGGCGGAGAAGUUUGAUAACCUCGAGGAGCACCUCGAAAAAUUCGUCGAAAACAUACGACAGCUCGGAAUUAUCGUCAGCGACUUCCAGCCCAGCAGUCAAACAGGACUCAACCAGAAACUGAACUUUAUGAUCACAGGACUUCAGGAUAUUGAGAAAUGUCGACAGCAGCUUCAUGAUAUCAACGUACCUUUGGAAGUGUUCGAGUAUAUUGAUCAGGGUCGUAACCCACAGCUCUACACCAAGGAGUGCUUGGAAAGAGCACUGGCUAAAAAUGAACAAGUCAAAGGAAAGAUUGACACCUUGACUAAAUUUAAAAGCCUCCUCAUUUCUGAGCUGGGAAAGGUUUUUCCUGAAGAAAUGGCUAAAUAUAAGGCCAUUCACGGUGAUGACCCUCCUUCAUGAUUUACCAGUGCCACAACACUUCAAGUGCGAGAUGUACAUAUGUUGAUAUUUAUGUGACAUGCUUUUUCAAAUCAUUGUUCGGAUUUUUACAGCUUUUUUAUCUUUGUAUUCCACACAUUUACAGACUCAAAACUGGGGGGAUAUUUUGAAAACAUCCUCAAAACAGUGAAAACAUUUUUUUUCUCAUGCACUGUAAUUUUCGCAGCAUAAUUUUUAUUUUUCAGUUGAAUAAAUGGGUGAUCCCCAAAAUUCA